GAUAUUUUCAAUAUUUCGGUUGCUUCGAAAUAUUAUCACUUGUAAAUUAGUUUUGGUCUUUCAAACGAAAUGCAGACUCAUUGUGCAGUACUCUAAGUUACCUAUGUUAUGUAUUUGUUCCAAAAAAAAUCAAAUAUCAGCAAUAAGAUACCUUACCUACAUCAAGUUACAAAAUGAAAUAUUGUUGUCUCUUCGCUUUUUUCAUCUCUAUUAAUGGUAACGAGUACUUAGUUCCUGUGAAAAAAUUACAAGAUAUAGCGAAUAUCGUGAAUAAAUUACCGAACUCAACUUGGCAGGCCACAAUUUCUGACACUAUUUGGUCGGCUGACGGCAGCAACGUAAAUUUCAAAACUCUUCUAGGUGCUCUUGAUUCUUCACAAGCUCCACAAUUAUCAUGGGAUUACGACGAUGUAGCGAAUAAUUGCGAAGAAAAUGGAUUACCAAAAUUUUUUGAUGCCCGAGAACAUUGGCCAAAAUGUGCUUCGGUGAUUGGACAUGUGUACGAUCAAGGAAACUGUGGAAGUUGUUGGGCAGUAGCCACAACAUCAGUUUUCAGUGACAGAGUUUGCAUCGCAUCUAAAGGGAAAAUCACUUCAUUAUAUUCUAUUCAACAACUACUCUCUUGUUGUCACGAAUGCAAACUUUACCGAAAUGAACGCGACGGUUGCGAAGGUGGAUGGCCAUUGGCAGCUUGGUCUUACAUUAAAAGAACAGGUCUGAGCACCGGAGGUGAUUACGGAUCAAAACAAGGAUGCCAGCCAUAUUUAAUAAAAAAUUGCGAUCACCAUUUGGAUGUUCCGGUGUAUGCACCAUGCUCCUCUCUACCAGACGAACGAGCUUCUAAAUGCAAACACCAUUGUUAUAAUACUUCUUACAAAAAAUUGUUUAAAAAAGAUCGAAUUAAAGUGGAGAAGUACUACAAAAUAUCACCAUGCGCGGCUCAAAAUGAAAUUUAUAAAUAUGGUUCAAUAGCUUCAUUUUUCACCGUCUACGAAGAUUUCCCUACCUACAAAUCAGGUAUUUAUCAACACAUCACAGGCAAAAAAAGAGGCCUUCACGUAGUUCGAGUAAUUGGCUGGGGAGAAGAAAAUGGAAUACCUUAUUGGCUAGCAGUAAAUUCAUGGAAUGAGCACUGGGGAGAUAAAGGAUACUUUAAAAUUCUACGUGGCUCGAACGAAGUCUGGUUCGAAGACAACUUGAGCGCCGGUAGACCCAAAAUACACUAGAAAAAAAUUAAAAUUAUCCACGAAGAAAUUAAACUCUUACAUUUUAAUAUUUA